AGGGCUCUGAGCUAGUGAAUAAAUACAGGCCCCUGUAGCUCUCAGCUCCACUCAGCUGUUUGCAGAGAAGACCCAACCCCUAGAGAAGAUGAGAGUCCAGAUGCUGGCUGUCCUGCUCCUGUUCGUGUCCCUCCUUUGCGCUGAGGGAAUCUGCGGAGCAUCCCUGGCUGAGAGCUUGGAGUCCCAGCACGCGGAGGAAGGCCAAAGCGAGUCCAAGGUGAUGGUGAAGGUGAAGAGAGAAGCGAGUUUCGCUGGAUGUCGCUUCUGCUGUAACUGCUGUUCUGGGAUGAGAGGCUGUGGGAUCUGCUGCGACUUCUGACCCCCUUUUCCCAUCACCCAGUCGGUGCCUGGAGGCUCCCCAGCCCUUCCUGGGAGCAGAUCGAAGCCAGCCUGGUGCUGAAUUUGCCUGGGUUCAGGGGGAUGCUAACCCUCCUGCUCAGCCCCAAUAAAGUGUCUGCCUAGA